CUCCCUGCUUAUCGAAGAUUUCCGUCGAAAAUAUCGCCGAAAUUGUCAACAGAAAUCGCGCGGGGGGGCCCUUACGUCAUCGUUGCAGCAGUCCGAGGGAAAAUCCCCGAAUAUUUGCGAGAUUUCGGCCGAUUUGGCGCGCGCGUAAAUUCCGUAAAGUUGGCUAUAAUGCUAUUGAAAACAAGUGACAUUUCUUCAUUUAGCAUUUCAUAAUUUGCCUAACUUCAGUGAGAAAUUAAAAGUGUGAAAAUCGAUCUUUAGCCAGUGUAUUUUUUACUUUUGUCAACAAAUCGCUAUUUUUUAGAGCCACGGUUUAUCUGUUAUGUUUUACUGCAUUUAGGAACUUCCCCACCAGAAUGGCUAACAUAGCAGCACAAAGGAUACGACGAGAGUUUAAAGAGGUUAUUAAAAGUGAAGAGGUAGCAAAAUGUGCCAUCAAAGUGGAACUCUUAAAUGAUAGUUAUACAGAGCUCAAAGGCGAGAUCACGGGCCCCCCGGACACGGCCUACGAAGGGGGCACCUUCGUAUUAGAGAUUAAAGUACCUGAAACAUACCCCUUCAAUCCACCCAAGGUCAGGUUCAUUACGAAGAUAUGGCACCCGAAUAUAUCAUCAGUAACGGGCGCUAUCUGCUUAGACAUUUUAAAGGACCAAUGGGCUGCAGCUAUGACGCUGAGGACGGUGUUGUUGUCGCUCCAAGCGCUGCUCUCAGCUGCGGAGCCCGAUGACCCACAGGACGCCGUGGUGGCGAAGCAGUUUAAGGAAAAUAUAGAAAUGUUUCAAAUGACGGCCAGACAUUGGACAAAUGUUUACGCAGGCGGUCCCCAUGUAAAUAAAGAAUGUGACGAUAAAAUAAAAAGGCUAGUUGAUAUGGGAGUGGAGGAGCACCAGGCGCGGGUCGCUUUGUCGUCGUAUAACUGGGAUAUAGAAAGAGCAACUGAACAGUUAUUUAGUUAGUGAACUAUUUUAAUCCGCCAUUUUACUAUAUUCUCUCUACACUUUUCCAACAGUUGGUUAUGAAACGCAGUUUCAUUUUCUACCCAAUAGAUUACUGACUUAAAUUAUUUUGAAGGUGUACAAGAUGAAUAAAAGGAUUGUUUGCAUUUACCUUAUGUCUCAGUAAUCACUAUACGAAAGUCUUGUUUUGGCUCUUGCGAACUAAUUUCAACUUUUGUCAAUAUUGGUGUUUGAAAUUUAUUGAUGUUACUGAUGCUUAUCGUUAGUUCUUUCGAGUACAAAGUCUUUCAAUUAAUUACGGUUUAUUCUUGCUAGUGAAAACCACCAGAUUAGUUUUUUAGCACUUCAAGUAUGGUAAUUGAAUGAAAUGCUUUGUAUAACCACUUUCCAAUUAGUUACUGUUUUUAUUUGUAAAUCGGCGAUUGAAUACUGUUAAAAUAAAAUUUUAAUCUUGAA